UCGCAGACUGCCAGCGUGGGUUUCCUGUCGGGCGAGUUGAUGUUUAGAGGAAAGGAGAUUUGCCUGGGGAAGCUCUUGGUUCCUUUAGGGGUUCCACACCUGUUGGUCCAGCUCCCAUUGUUCCCCUGCAGUCCGCCCUGCGUCACGCCCAUUAAACCUCCCGGAAGUUUAUUUCCUGUUGUCGGGGUCACGUUAAGGGGCAGGAGCCUUGCCCGAGGGAGGUCUGUGGGCUCGGCCUCACCGGCACCGGGCCUGGGGCUGGGGGGACCUCAGGAGACCCCAGAGAACAAAAGGAAUGGCCGCGCCUCUGCCAUCUCCACGAGUGCCCCUGGGCUUGCACUUAGGUCUGGAACCUCCCCGAGGGCAGGGGCCUUGUCUGGUCCCCGUCUGCGCCCGUGGGCUUCGCCGUGUCGGGUCCUGACAGUCCAGAGGCCCCGGCGGAAACCACGGAGCAAACGCGAGAGGCGCGGUUUGUCCGGUGCCCCCGCAGCGUCCCGAAUCGGGGCCGUGUGCCGCUCCGCGCUCCCUGGGGCGCAGGGGCCCUAGGCCACCGCUGUCUGUGAGCCCGGCUGCCCCCAGCAGAGGGCUCCGAGGGCCGAGCCCUCCGCAGCACCCGGGCCAGGGCGCCCCGUCCGCGCCCAGCUCAGGUGACCGGGCGGGCGCCGGGCACACCUGGCGCCGUCCCCUGACCCCGCCCCGGUCGGGCCGCACCCCAGGACGCUCUCGGUGGGAGCCAGCGCGGCGCAGCAGGGCCAUGGCGGCCGUGCCGGCGGUGUGCGCCGCGCAGGCCCCGCCCAGCGCACCGUCCCCGCCGGCCGGCGCGCCCGUGCCCUCGUCCGGCCUGGGCCGCUGCCGGAUGGCGCUGCUGCUGGCCGUGGCGCUGGACGUGGCGGGCAUGGCGGCGCUGCUGACCGGCGUGUUCGCGCAGCUGCAGGUGCGCGGCCGCGACUUCGGCGACCUGCUCAUCUACUCGGGCGCGCUGCUCGUCUUCCUGAGCCUGCUCGGCUGGAUCCUCUGGUACACCGGCAACAUCGAGAUCUCGCGCCAGGAGCUCGAGCGCGACUACGGCCUGCGGCCCUCGGCGAUCGCCCGCCUCGCGCGCAAGCUCUCCCGCCGCUGGUCGGCGCCCGCCGCCGCCGCCGCUGCCGGCCCGCGCGCCGCGCUCGGCUCCCGGGGAGCACGCCGCACCGCCCGCGCGCCCCCGCCGCCCGCCGCCGGCUCCCGCCGCGUGCGCCUGCAACUCGCCACGCUCGAGGCCGGGCCCGGGGCGGCGGGCGCCGGCAGCGACUGAGGCCGAGAGGAACCUGUGGCCCCACCUGUCAGGACCGGACUGAGAUGUGCAGCUGCCCUCAGCAUCACCUGGCCGCCAGGAUGCCUACCUGCCCUCCCUCUCUCCUGCCCUGGAUAAAUGGCUCUGCCCCUCA